AUGAGCAUCAUCCAAUUUCCGCUUGAACUUCUUCAACAAAUAUUCCUGCUUGCUGACAACCCUAGAUUCGUAAAGGUUUGUCGGACGUUUCGCGAUGCAAUCAAUGCAUACCCAAGUUUAAAAAUACAGUGGUUAUUACAAAGGCAUGGGAAUGACUGUCAAAGGGCCUUGGAAGAAGGCCAGAGGUGGGGAUUCUUCGACGUAACUAUUCUUCAACAACUUGACGCAACAAAUUAUCAAAGACUUCUGAAAGCAGGUAAAAGGAAUCCGCCAAAACAAUUGUUAUUUACAAAGCGCCCACUGGCAACUCGAUUAUUUAAGGAAGACGAUAGAGAUGGGCGUAAUUAUGACUUGGUCAAAACACUCUUGGAAAGAGGUGCUUUACCAGAUUAUCCAAACGGUUAUCCGAUGGUUAAAUCAAUACAAAAGGGAAAUGCGAAAAUGGUCAAGCUUUUGCUAGAUUACAAUGCGAAAAUUGACAAGCUAGCACUCACGUUGAUUGUAAACCUGAAUAACUAUGAGAUUGCAAAGUUGUUAUUGGAAAAAGGAGUUGCAGCGGAUGGAGAAUUGCUCGCAAUGGCUGCUAAGAAAAAUAAUGGGCGCAUGAUGGAUUUGUUGAAGAAAUACGGAGCAGAGCCCGACAAAAUUCUUAUGAAUCAUUACGACGAGAAUCCGUCAUAUAUUCUUCACAAACAUUCUUUGUCCUAG